AUGACCCGAACGAAAUUUGGCUUCGGUCGCAUCCACAGCUAUGCUGGUGAAUAUACGGGCGGGGAAUUGUGGGUGCUUGAUGAAUUCGAGGAUGUAGAACGAGCUUUCUGGGAUGAGCUGUUUGACGGAAUGCCGGUAGAAAUCCGUGAACAAUUCGGAAAGCAAAUUGACUCUGUCCAGGAUGCCGAAUUCUGA